AAAAUUCAACCGGAAACGAUGUAUAUGCACUUCUUGUUGAACUUGCCUCCGCUUGCUGUGGCAGCUGCUGCGCGAGUCGGUACAGAGUCCAAACCAAGCCUGACGAGCUCGCGUGUGUGCGGGCUUGAGGCAUCGCAGGGAACCGUUAGCCGCAGCGCCUGCAUUGUUCAUCCAGCUUAUUAGGCACACCCGGGGAAGUGACUGAACGUCUGGGGUGUGUACGCUGCCCUGGCAACUGUCACCGCGCUUGUCGAAGCCGACAGGACAUUAAAGGGGGGUUGAUUUGAUUAUUGGAGAGGACGCCAGCCGCUUUAAGAUGGCCCCCGCCGCCGGCUGCCGGCUGCGGUAAACCGGGAGGGCGCAGUUCCAUGAGUCCUCAGUGGACCUCAGAGAACGUCUGUGGACCUUCCUCCUUCGUCUUGGUCCAACUGCGCUGAGGGGGGUGGGCCAUCAUGUCAGCAGCUCAGACUGAGGAAGAGGGCAGCGAGGCAGGCUGGGCCUGUCUGGAGGCUCUAGGCCUGAGUCAGAAGGAGCUGGUCCUGGCCGAGGCCCUGCAGAUGGAGUACGAUGCCCUCUCCAGACUGAAACAGGACAAAAGUGAUCCCCAAAGUGGCCCCGCUGAAUCGCAAGCUUCAAGUCUAUCCUGCUCCGAGACCCCAACGACCUCCAUUGAGCGCCCACGGCCCACCCCCAGACAGCCAGUUGCCAACACCACAUGCAUGCUUGGGGAUUCCUCACUCAACCAACCUGGAGGAUCCCAAUCUGCACAGCUCCCCCCAGCCAGGGCACCCCGUCCCCAGGGGAGCUUUCUUACAGAGUCCCUCUACAUCUUGGACAGUCCAGAGCUAACCAAGGUCAGAGACUAUUCCGGUUCCAGCCCAGUUGACACAGUUAGCUCAAACUCUGAAGUUCCUCUUAAAAGCCUCCCAACUUUUCCUGAUGACAACCCCCCUGCCGUCCCGCCAAGAAACCCUAUCACUCCCUCAUCAACUGGGUCCGAGAAUCCCUUCUUGGCACACCGCGGGUCCACCGUAUCCCACAAUGUCAAUCUGUACACCCCAGAUGCAGAUCAGUCCAAAGUGACCUCUGGAGAGCUCAACUAUGACAUCAUCAAUGAAUCACUAGCCCGACUCAACGGGAGCAGGAGGGACCAAUCUGGCAAGCCUGUGGCACGCAGUAAGACCCUCCCUCCUCAAGUCCCGCCCAGGACAUAUGUUCCUGUUCCCAAGAGUAACAAGAGCCAGCGUCGAGUGUCUGCAGACCCGGUGACCCUCGGUUCCAGGAUGAACGGAUUUGGAUAUGAACUCUUCCAGGUGUCUGAGGAGCGAGACGAGGAGGUGGCGGCUUUCUGCCACAUGUUGGAUGUGCUGCGUUCAGCAUAUCCACACAGCGACCGCUCAAAGAACGCAGGCUUUGUGUGGUCGCCGUCGGUGAGCCAAGAGGAACUUCAUCAAGGUCUGGGGGUCAGUGUAAAAGUCACCGUCAUCAGCGGCCACUUCAGAGAGCCUCUCACCUUCACCUGUGACGGCUCAUCCACAAUAGACCUGCUCAUCUAUCAGACCCUGUGUUACGCCCAGGAUGACCUAGACCAUGUGGACGUGGACGACUACUUGCUGAAGGUCUGCGGACAUGACGAGUACCUCAGGAACUCUGAGACUCUGGCAGGUUUGGAGUGUGUCCAACAAUGUUUGAAGUUCGACUGGGACGUCCGACUAAUCCUCACCAAGAGAUCUUCCGCCAACACGGAAUUGUCACGCACGAAAGACGACGACAAGAUGGCGUCUACGUUGAACCACAGCAUCCUGCUGCAGGAGCGUCCCAUCAAACAGACGGUCACGAGAGAGGCUCUGACUCUGCUGCUGGACACAUUCCACAAUGAAGCCGAGUCUUUCCUGCUGUCAGAGGUGGAGCUGCUGCUGCAUGUUGAGCGUCUCGUCCAGUCAGUGAAAGCUCUCUGCAACUCGUUGGCGGCGAUGGAGACACCUGAUGUGACAUCUGCCCUCAGCCAGCUCCCCGCCUGUCCUUGUCGCCUGCAGCCCAAAGUCCUGAAGGAUGCCUCAUUGCUGGCUGUCAGAGAGAACAGAGAGAAAGUGGUAGAAAAACUAACAGCGGCCAUCUUGGACCUGGUGGAAUUGUACUGCAGCACCUUUAAUGCCAACUUUCACACCACGCCGCAGAGCCACUGCUCCACGGUCUCUGUCCAGGAGGCAGGCCGUGUCACCAGCGUGCUGUCCUUCAGUGUCUACGCCGCCCACCGCAUUCCCAUCACUUGGGCCGCCAGUUAUGAGGGUUUCUUCCUGUCCUGCUCGCUGACUCAUGGAGGGGCGGAGCUUUGUGCGCCACAGCACACCAGCAAACAGGCGGUCAGCAAAUACUUGUUUCACCUGGUGGUGUGGGACCAGAGGGUUUGUUUCCCGGUGCAGAUCAACCAGUUGCCCAGAGAGACACAGUUGACGGUGACACUAUAUGCCAGCUCCCUGCCGCCCCCCGGUGGAGUGGAGGAUAAGGGCAAACAGCGGCGUAGCAUUGAGGCUCUGGGCUGGGUCACCAUGCCGCUCUUUAAUUUCAGACACGUGCUGACGUUUGGCAGGAAGUUGCUGGGCCUGUGGCCAUCGACGCCAGGAAGCAGUGGAAACGCUCGCUCCAGCUCGCCAAACUUUAGCCAGCCAGACAGCGUCAUCUUGCAGGUGGACUUCCCCACCAUGUCCUUUGAGGCCCACUUCAGCACUCCACCUGCAGCAGACUUCUGUCCUAAGUAUGACUUUUCCAGACUGGAUGCCAUCAGCCAGAUACAACUGCAGGAUGUUCUGCACAAAAAGGCCUUCUUCUGGUUGACGCCAGACGACAAGCGACUUCUGUGGGAGAAAAAAGCCUUCUGUCAGGCGGAGAGCGCAGCCUUGCCACUUGUUCUUGCCAGCGCCCCCUGCUGGCAGUGGGCCUGUCUGCCUGACAUCUACGCACUGCUGAAGCAAUGGGCCUGCUUGGGAUACCUGGAUGCACUGGGGCUCCUCCAUGCUACCUUCCCGGACCAGGAACUAAGGAGAACUGCUGUCCAAUGGAUGGACUCUAUUUCUGACCCAGAGCUGCUGGACUUCCUGCCUCAGCUGGUCCAGGCUCUGAAGUAUGAGUGUUACCUGGACAGCUCCCUGGUCCGCUUCCUGCUCCGCAGAGCCAUCGGAGAUGUUCGUAUUGCUCACUAUCUCUUCUGGCUGCUGAAGGACAACCUGCAGGACAGUCAGUUCUGUGCUCGCUAUCAACACCUGCUAGCCGCGCUGCUCUGCUGUGUCGGGCGAGGUCUUAGAGACGAGUUUGACCGGCAGUGCUGGCAGGUGUCCAUCCUGGCCAAGGUGGCCCAGAAUGUCAGAGACGCCGCACCGUCCAACAGACAAAACAUUCUCAGAGAAGGUCUGGAGGAGAUGAAGCAGUUCUUCUCAGUAAACAGCAGCUGUAGACUUCCUCUGAACCCGGCCCUGCUGGUCAGGGGGAUCAACAUCCAGUCAUGUUCUUUCUUCAACUCCAACGCUGUCCCGCUCAAGCUGUCAUUCCAAAACCUCGACCCCUUAGGCGACAAUAUCAACGUCAUCUUCAAGUCUGGGGACGACCUGCGCCAGGACAUGCUGACUCUGCAGGUCAUCCGCAUCAUGAACAAGAUUUGGAUCCAGGAGGGUCUGGACAUGAGGAUGGUCAUCUUCAAGUGUUUCGCCACAGGCAGAGGACGAGGCAUGGUGGAGAUGAUUCCUCAGGCCGACACACUGAGGAAGAUCCAGGUGGAGCACGGCGUCACCGGAUCCUUUAAAGACCGACCGCUGGCAGACUGGUUGCAGAAACACAACCCCGCUGAGGAGCAGUACGACAAGGCGGUGGAGAACUUCAUCUACUCGUGUGCUGGCUGCUGCGUGGCAACGUACAUUUUGGGAAUUUGCGACCGACACAACGACAACAUCAUGCUGAAGACCAGCGGUCACAUGUUCCACAUCGACUUUGGCAAGUUCCUGGGACAUGCUCAAAUGUUUGGCAACAUCAAGCGGGAUCGAGCACCCUUCGUGUUCACCUCCGACAUGGCGUACGUCAUCAACGGCGGCGACAAGCCGUCCAGUCGCUUCCAUGACUUUGUGGACCUGUGCUGUGAAGCCUACAACCUGAUCAGGAAACACACACACCUCUUCCUCAACCUCCUGGGCCUGAUGUUGUCAUGUGGUAUUCCUGAACUGUCGAAUAUUGAUGACCUGAAGUACGUCUACGAUGCUCUGAGACCUCACGAGUCUGAGGCUGACGCUACCAUGUACUUCACCAGGUUGAUCGAGUCCAGUCUGGGCAGCGUGGCGACCAAACUGAACUUCUUCAUCCACAAUCUGGCUCAAAUGAAGUUUGCGUCGGCGGAAGACCAUCCCGCGCUUUCCUUCGCUCCUCGAGUUCACACGGCGAAGAGCGACGGCGUCAUCAGAAACCUAUACAUCUGUCGGCACGUGCGCACAGCCAUCAGCGGCAAGGGACACGCCUUUGUGGUGAAGGUGGAACAUGAAGGUCAGCAGGAGGCGCUGCUGGUUCAGAGGACUUUUGAAGAGUUCCAUGAACUUCACAGCAAACUGAGACUUGUGUUCCCCUCUUCCAAACUACCCAGUUUCCCGAGCCGCUUUGUCAUUGGCCGUUCCCGUGGAGAGGCAGUGGCUGACAGAAGAAAAGAUGAGCUGAAUGGUUACGUGUGGCACCUGAUCCACGCCACCCCUGAUGUCUCACAGUGUGAUCUGGUUUACACCUUCUUCCACCCGCUGCCAAGAGAUGAGAGGCCUGUGCCGAGCAGCAGCAAAGCAGAAAUCCCAUGGACUCCAGUUUCUGGAAAAGAGCUUGGUGAGGUCAAACUGUCCAUCUCCUAUAGGAGCGACAAACUGUUCAUCAUGGUCAUGCACAUCCGAGGACUGCAGCCCCUGCAGGAUGGGACGGACCCGGACCCCUACGUGAAGCUCUAUCUCCUCCCAGACCCUCAGAAGACAAGCAAGAGGAAGACAAAGGCGGCGAGGCGCACGUGUAACCCCACCUAUAACGAGAUGCUGGUGUACGAGAGGAUCCCCCGCGGCGACCUGGACCAGAGGGUGAUCCACUUGAGGGUUCUGGGAGAUGGGGCCUUUUACAACACUCUGCUGGGAGAGACCUUCAUCCCCCUCACUAGACUAGUCCCAGGUCAGCACUGGGUGGACUGGCACCAGCUGGGAUGCGCCAACCCAGACUCUGCCCAUUGAGAUGGGAACGGUCAGAGGAAUACAAGGGGAAAUCCUUUCAAAGUAAAAGCCUGUGGCGGCUGGUGCGCUCUGUGUGAGAGUUUAUUGUCAAACUGCUGCAGUGUCACGUCGUUGAAAUUAACAUUCUGGUCCCACGACACAACCCCUCUAAUUUAUUGAUUUAAUAAACCCCAGUUUAGACCAGAUGAGCUCUUUUAAUUUGUCAGAUGUUGAGCUCAGAUGUUCUCAAGCAUUAAUAAGUUAUACUAACUUAUUGUUUUUAAUUUAACAGGAGCAAAGAAUGUACACUGUACCGUAUGCUGAAGUCAGCCCCAGUCCAAUAAUGAACUAUUUUUAGACAAAAUGUGAAAAGCACGAGCAAAGAAAAAAAUGCCUUCAGAGACACAAUUAUGUCUUUGGCUUCAGAGUUCAUCACUGAGAGAUGCACUGUUGGAAAUGUAAAGACUGAAAGAUGUAUACGGAGCAGCAAGGAGGAGAAGGUGUUGAUAACUGGCAUAUAGUGAGAUGCCCAAAGGAGGAAGCUCUUUUCGUCUGUGAUUUUUAUACUUUUUAUAGCGUGGCCGCCUGCAUUGUAUUUUAUUUUUCCCUUAAACGCAGCUUGAAUGGGACCAGACUUCCUGUGUCCAGAUGCUCUCUGUGCUGUGAAAGCUAACGUUUACUGUUCCAAACACCUGUGAAGUAUUAACUUCCAUCAAUGAGAAUAUUAUCGUGUUGGAGAAAGGACCAGAAAAAAAAUUGACUGAAUUGUGUCUGACUGGCUGUUCCCAUUCCCAUUCAGAAACCACUUUUUAUUAACUUGAAACUUUGAUUUUGAAACAUGUUUUUGAUUAUUUGCACUACAAAAUAAACUUGAACUGAACAAAG